AUGAAGGCCAGAAGGCUUGGGUCGCAAGGGCUCAUGGCUCCUCCUAUGGGGUUGGGGUGCAUGGGCAUGACGGCAUUCUACGAUGCUGCUCAGGACGAAGCGCAAGAACAGUUGUCGCUCAAGACCAUCGACAAAGCCCUGGAACUUGGUAUCAACUUCCUGGACACUGCAUGGAUAUACCAGAAUAAGGUAUCUGGGAAGACGAAUGAAGAGUUGGUUGGAAAAGCCAUCAAGAAGCAUGGAAGAGAAAAAUUCAUCAUCGCCACCAAGUUCGGUGUAGAGUUUGCAGCAGAUAUGACGCCAGUUCCACACAUGGGAAGACCUGAACAUGUUCGUAGACAUUGCGAAGACAGUCUAAGGCGCCUUGGGACAAACUACAUCGAUCUCUACUACAUGCAUCGGAUGGACUCAACCACCUCCAUCGAGGAGACGAUGGAAGAAGUCAAGAAGCUCAUCGCCGAAGGAAAGGUCAAGUACGUCGGCUUGUCCGAGUGCACCGCCGCGGAACUUAGAGCAGCUCAUGCCGUGCAGCCAAUCACAGCAAUCCAGGCAAGCAGCCCGCAGUCUACCUGUGCGCAGAUGGAGUGGUCGCUGCAGACGCGUGAUAUCGAGGCGGAGAUUGUGCCGACAGCUCGAGAGCUCGGAGUGGCCAUCGUGCCAUACUCGCCUCUAGGCAGAGGGAUGCUCUCACAGAAAUUCAAGUCGAGAGAUGACAUCCAAGCCACUGAUAUGCGGAGAUUCAACCCAAGAUUUAACGAGGAAAACUUCGAUGCCAACUAUCAGAAUGCACUCAAGAUCAAGGCUGUUGCCGACCGAAAGGGCUGCACCCCUGCCCAAGUUGCUCUUGCCUGGCUCCUGAACCAGGGGAAUGAUGUUUUCCCAAUCCCUGGCACCAAAUCACCAGAGCGGAUGGAGGCGAGUGAAAAUGCCGGCGCUGUGAACGUGAUCCUGACCCCUGAAGAUCUCGAGGAGCUCAGCAACGUUGACGAGGGCAAGGUACUGCGGCCAGCUCUGGCGUUCACUGUCAUCAUUGAUCAUUUACUUUAA